UUUUUUUUAGGGAAAAUAAAUGAAAGAACAUGAUUUGCUUCGUGGUCUGUAUGAUCCGUAGUGAACUUUUUGUAUGAUCCGCUGCACUUUUUGUAUGAUCAGCAGUGAGCUCAGCUUCGCUUUCAGCUCAAUAAAUGGGAAGCCGUUGAUAGAUCACGCUCCAAAGAAUCGUUCACUAUAUUGUCUUACCAGUGUUAGUGGCAGUGACACUCACAGCUUUCUUCAUUCUUCCGGCGCUGAUGGCGGCCACUGCUGUCUCGUUGGCGGGCAGGACCGCAUUGGACCCCUGCAAUCUGCUCUCUAUGAAAUUUGCACGGAAGACUGCGCGCUUCCACGUGAAGGCUUCUUCCGCACAUUCCACUGUUACCGAGCUUAAGAUUAAGUCCAUUCCUACGAAGCCAGUGGAAGGGCAGAAGACGGGGACCAGUGGUCUCAGGAAAAAGGUGAAGAUUUUCCAGCAGGAGAAUUACUUGGCAAACUGGAUACAGGCUCUCUUCAACUCUUUGGACCCGGGGGAUUUCAAGGAUGGACUGCUUGUUCUUGGAGGCGAUGGGCGGUAUUUCAACCAAGAGGCCGCACAGCUCAUCAUUAAGAUUGCUGCGGGCAAUGGUGUUGGGAAGAUUCUUGUGGGCAGGGAUGGCAUUUUAUCAACCCCAGCUGUUUCUGCAGUGAUUCGAAAGCAUAAGGCCAAUGGAGGAUUUAUAAUGAGCGCAAGCCACAAUCCUGGUGGCCCAGACUAUGAUUGGGGCAUAAAGUUUAAUUACAACAGCGGACAACCUGCGCCAGAGUCUAUCACUGACAAAAUUUAUGGGAACACACUAACAAUUUCGGAAAUAAAAAUAGCUGAAAUACCAGAUGUUGAUCUUUCUUGCCUCGGAGUUGCAAGCUUUGGUAAAUUCAUCGUUGAGGUGAUAGAUCCAGUGGCAGACUAUCUGGAUCUGUUGGAGAAUGUUUUUGAUUUCGAGCUCAUGAAAAAUCUUCUUUCUAGGCCAGAUUUCAGGUUUUUAUUCGAUGCUAUGCAUGCAGUGACGGGUGCGUAUGCAAAACCUAUUUUUGUGGAUCGGCUUGGCGCAAAUGUGGAUUGCAUUUUAAAUGGAAUACCUUUGUUAGAUUUUGGCCAUGGCCAUCCAGACCCUAAUCUUACGUAUGCGAAGGAACUAGUUAGCAUUAUGUAUGGUGAGAAUGCACCUGAUUUAGGAGCAGCAAGUGAUGGUGAUGGUGACCGGAACAUGAUUCUUGGGAGAGGAUUUUUUGUCACUCCAUCAGAUUCUGUGGCUAUUAUUGCAGCUAACGCACAAGCGGCAAUUCCUUACUUUCAGAAUGGUCCAAAGGGACUUGCUAGGUCAAUGCCUACAAGUGGUGCUCUUGAUCAUGUUGCUGCAAAACUGAAGCUUCCCUUCUACGAGGUUCCCACUGGUUGGAAAUUCUUUGGUAACCUGAUGGAUGCUGGGAAUUUGUCUAUAUGUGGCGAAGAAAGCUUUGGAACAGGCUCAGAUCACAUCAGGGAGAAGGACGGGAUAUGGGCUGUAUUGGCUUGGCUUUCUAUCAUUGCAUACAGAAAUAAAGGCAAGAGGGUGGGCGAGAAGUUAGUUUCAGUAGCAGAUGUUGCUAGGGAGCAUUGGGCAACCUAUGGCAGGAAUUUCUUUUCCAGAUAUGAUUACGAGGAAUGUGAAUCAAAUGGUGCUAAUCAAAUGAUUGAACAUCUUAGGGACCUUAUCUCCAGUACAAAGCCUGGAGAUAAAUAUGGAAAUUAUGAACUUGACUUUGCUGAUGACUUUAGCUAUACAGACCCUGUAGAUGGCAGUGUAGCGUCAAAGCAAGGAAUAAGGUUUGUCUUCACAGAUGGCUCAAGAAUAAUAUUUCGCUUAUCGGGGACUGGAUCGGCAGGUGCAACGAUUCGCCUUUAUGUUGAGCAGUUUGAGCCUGAAGUCUCCAACCAGGAUAUAAAUGCACAAAACGCUUUGAAGCCAUUGAUAGAUUUGGCGCUAUCCAUGUCGAAAUUGAGAGAGUUUGCAGGCAGGGAUAAGCCUACAGUCAUCACUUGAAGCUCUCUGGAAUGAUUUUGCAGAACUGUAAUUAUUUGUCUUGAUAGCUACUUAUUAUUUUUAUUUUUGUGGUGUGAUGUUAUUUAAUAAGAUGUUAAUAAAGUGAUAGAUUCGUACAUAUUAGACAAAGGUUUACUUCUAUUGAA